GUGACAAGAAAAGAACGACAGUCAGAACGUGAUCAUGUAGAGGAACUAAAAGGGCCUGUUCUUCUCCCAAAGUCUUCACAUGUUUGUCAGAACUGCAAGAUGACAUUGGACAAUGGCACAGCACCACAACAGGCACUAGCCAAUGGGCUGUGGAUUGGAGAGGUACCUGUGCAGUUGCAGAACCUGACUUGGGCUGAGCGCACUCUCAUUAGCCGAGUUAACCAUAACAGAUGUGUUGUUCGUGUCAAGGGCUCUCUGCAGAGUAAAAUGAUAGCCAAUGCAGUAUGCCAUACCAUACCUAUGCCAAAGGUAUACAAUGCAUUACCCCCUAGCCCUGAGGAGCUGGAUGAAGUGCUUGCAUACAUAUAUAUUGGCCCAACAAAACCAUUGGCCAAGGAACAUCAUCGCACUCCACUGCUAGUGAGACGCAAUAAAGUGGCCAAUGCUCUGGAAUGGCUCAAGCUCAAUCACAUAGACUAUGCAGACCUCACCAUAUCUUACAAGAAUUUGAACAUGUAUUCUGAGGACAGUCCUCCUGUCAUUGUAGACUAUCAUCCUGGUGAUGGCGGUGUGUAG